CACUUAACAGCAUUUGCAGCCCCAUUUAUAUGUAGUUGCAAAGCAGUCACUUGUUGUUGUGGUUGGAACGCAAUCUCGUCGCUCUGUCUGUAAUGUGGCGUUGCAUACGCUCGUGCUCGACGCUGCUUCACGCUGCUCUUGAGCGACCGCAGUCUGCCCUUGCGCUCCAUUCCACUUGUGGAGCUGUCUGUCGCACCAGCAGCCCAACAGCAACAAGAAGAGCAACAGUCGCAGCCACGCGAUCGCUCAGCGUAUCUGCACUGGCCUCCUCUGCUGCUGCUCCAACUCCAGCUCCUGCCACCCCGCCACGAGCCAUGCACCCGUCGUUCGCAACCAUCCCGGGCAUUCCCUCGACGCUCCUGCACCACUUGACUUUGAUCGCGCCUGGGACUCUGACCAGCACUGACGAGAGCAGCAAGCCCGUCAUCGUCCCUCUCUCACACACGUCCGCUGCCGCUGCCGGUCGUCGCCGGAUUCUGCGCAUCUCGGGCCCAGAGGCUGCCGAUGUGGUGCAGAAUCUCACCGCGAAUGACAUAACAAUCACACCGCAUCCAGUCGUGUUCACGGCCAUGCUGAAUCACCUCGGACGCGUUCUGGCAGACGCAUUCGUGUUUACGUUUCCGCCAGCAACCAAGGCAAAUUCAAUCACGAGCGAGACAGAAUUCCUGCUGGACGUCGAUCAGGAAACGUCUGUGCAGCUCAUUGAAGCCCUGCAGCCUUUCGUCCGGUUGGCAGAUGUGGAUCUCGACACCAAUGUUGCCGAGUGGCAGCUCGUGCAAGUCUUUACGCCUCCAGCAUGGAGUGCCUCGCAGACGAUCGAUUGGCUGCACCAAGUGCAAAACACUACUAGUUCUGAUGCCAGUGCCAAGGCUCGUGCGCACGUGCUCGGCGGCUGGGAUCCUCGUCUCGUUCGCCCGCAAAAUUACCUCGACACCCAGAUCGAUCAGGUGGGCAGCAGUAUGGGCCUGCGGCUGCUGCUCAGCGCGUCGCAUCCUCUCGUUGCGGAUUCGGCUCGCUGGGCAACGCUUGGACGGCUGGGAUCUCUCGGCGAGUACGACGAUCGUCGCUAUGCUCUGGGUCUGGCCGAGGGCGUGUCCGGCUUUCGAUUUGCCACCAGCUUCCCGCUCGAAUCUAAUUUUGAGCGACUGAACGGAGUGCAUUUCAACAAGGGCUGCUACCUUGGACAGGAACUCACCCAUCGCUCGCAUUCUCGAGGAGUUACGCGAAAGCGGAUUCUGCCGUUUGUCACCUCAACCGGUGCUCCACUCCCUAGCGAUGUGGUUGGAGCUGAUCUGCUUGGUCCAGAUUCGAGCAAAAGCAUUGGCGUCGUCAGAUCAAUACAUCAUGGCAAGGGGCUCGCCUUGCUGCGCCUCGAUUCGGUCAUUCCAAGCAACGUGGAUGAAGUUUGCGGCACAGUGUUGCCCUCCCUUCGCAUUGCGUCGCAUCCCGAUAUUUCCGUCCAACCGUUUCUUCCUGCCUGGUGGCCGUGGCGUGCAGCGCGAGGAGGAGAUGGAAGCGUUGAUUCAUCGUGAGCUCUGAUGUUCAUAAAAACAAAUGUAUAAUUCAAACAAGAAAAACCA